AUGGCCACCACUCCCUUUCUCAACUCCCCCUCCAGGCUCUUCGACGUAUACACCGACAAUGCCCCGACCCGCAACCUCUCUUCGAUGCCCCGCGGCGGCUGCAACUUUGUCGACCAGACGCCUGGCACCGCCGGCCCCCGAUGUGGCUGCCGACGCUUCUGGAAGUUCCACGCCGCCGACAAUGUCGCUCUAGGUCAGGCCGGCUGGUGCAUGUGCAACCAUCAUGCCUGCUUCCACGACGAGCGCCCACCCGACGAGGCCCUCGGAGCCUUCGCCGCCCCGCCCCCUACACCCGUCGUCGGCCAGGAAAACGAGAGGCCCAAGCUGACAGGUCGUGAGCCGCUCAGCCCCGUCGUUGACUUGUCCUUCAAGGUGCCGCCCGCCAUUCCCGGCCUCGACAUGGCCAAUCUGUCCCCAGGGCCCCCGCCACUGUCCUUUCUCAACGACUUCCCCGACGAUAUGGAGAUGACGAAUGCCCCCAGCAUGGCUCAUCCCGCCGCCCCGUCACUCCCAGACACCCUCAACUGGGGCGAUUUUGUCUAUUCAGACAGCGACCAAGUCGUUCUGCCUCACAUACCGCCCCAAUGCCUCCUUUCUCAAAAGACAACCUCCACGACGUCAUCAGUGCAGAACAGGUACCUUCGCCCAUUCGCCGGCAAGGGCCUGCACACCCUCAGUGCUGUAAAAGAACCCAAGCAAUCACCACUGCGCCAGGCGAGCGCCUCAAAUGGCCAAGUCACCCAGCAAGUUCCCGCCGAGCAACCCCCCGGAACCCCCAUGACUGGUGUCUCCACCAUUGCCGAGCCACGUGCCUUGGAACGCAAUCUAGCUUCCAAGGAAGGCCUCAGAAAUAUAUCCGACGCCUUGACUGGCCAUGAGCAGAGGCUGGACAAGCUUGAGACGGGCUCAUUCGCUGCCGUCGCCGCCCACGACGACUGUGUAGACAAGCAUGAGCAUCUGGACCUGCGCAUCACUGAUCUGGAAAGCAAAGUCGAAGAUCUAGAGAAAGUUGCCAAUGACAAUGACACUGUUGUCAGUCGCCGGGAACGUCAGGAUGACGAUGGAGCUACUGCUAGUAUCAUCUCCAUUGCCACGAGCACUACUUCCCGCCCAGCCAGUGCCCACGACCUUGCCAACCAGCUGCAGAUUCUUCAGUCCCAAGUCUCCCAACUACAUUCCUUCCUACCCUCCAACAGUCAUCCCUGGGAGGUAGAGGCUGUCUUUUUACCUUUUCCUCUCAAGAAGUUAUGGCAAGACACGCACCAGUUCAAACAGGACCCCACUCUCAGCAAUGACGAGUGGACGCAAGUUCCCCAAACCAACAGCGCCGCCAUGUUUCGGUCACAGUCUCCCGUCUUUGGCGACUGGGCCACGCCUGAUCACGACGCCGAGUGGCUUUUACCCAAAGCCUGCGGCGACAAGAGCGUCACUGACAAACGCCUCCGCAGCCGCGGACUCGUCAAGACCAUUUCCGUCCACGGCCCCGACGCCCGCAGCGUGCACAUGGCCGUCGUCUCGGCCUUUGGCAGCGUCUUCAAUGAGAUGCAGAUCCUACCGCGCCGCCAAGACACGGACCCCCGCUAUGGCAACUACCUUGGUCUACAGUCGUCGUGGCUCCCGCUGCGCAAAAUUCACCGCGACUCGCGCCUUCGCUUUCUGAGCCCCGCUGAAAUGGUGACGCCCGCGCUGUGGGAUGUUCAGUUCCUCAGCUCCGUCAUGAUGCGGUCGUCUGAACCUAGAUUGUUCAUCACCCACUCGGACGCCUAUCUACAAGACUACAUGGCCUACGAGGCUGGCUGGACCUGGCAGCGCGUCCGCGAGCUGACGCGUGUGUACCCCGACUUUGACGAGUCCCAGCAGGUGCCCGAGGCCGACGCUCUCGAGGAGCACUGGUCCUGGAGCGAAACCAUGGAUGAGCCCCCCAACGUCAACACCUCGAUGAGCCUGCGGCAGUCAAGGCCCCGCGCCACCGCCUCACCCUCACACGCCCGUUUUCCGCUCAUUGAACGCUGGCGGUCGCAGAGUCCUGCCGUCGUCCGCGAACACUCACCCAUGGCCAACAACAACCAGCCCUUUGGCCCACGGUCGUCUUCUCGCCCGCCACAUGACCGCACCGCUUCGGCCCCCGGGCCCGUUGCCCGCCACACGUCCGUCGACAACCAGCGGCGCGUCUCCAUGAAUAGCCGUCGAGCAUCCCCUGCCAUGCGCAUCAACGUCAGCGGCGGCAUCAUGAAAAAUGGCCGCAGCACCCGCUCCCCUAGCAAUGUCCUAUACACGCCGCGCUGGACACAUUCCCCUAGUCCUAUGCCCUGGGGCGGUCCUCAGGACCGUCAACCGAAUCGCGGUAUUACACCAUUUGCCUACGCCACGCCUCACAGCAACGCCGCGCCGCAGCAAGAAAACGGCUAUCGCGCGCGCAGUGGUAGCGUAGUCCGCUUCGAGGUUGACCAGCCAUACUAUCGCCAACGCAGUACUAGUCGUCCCACGGUGGCCCCGCCGACGCCGAUGUUGAUGGACGACGGCGACGACAUUGAAAUCUACAACAGCGCGUCGGACGAAGACUACGAAGACGACGAGGACGAUGACACAAAUGUCGUGGACAUGGUGACGGAUGCCCAACAGCACCCGCUGCGGCCUCUGGCGGGAUCCGGCUGGUCGGGGAUGCCCCCGGAGGACGAGCCCUGGCCGGGCAUCGAAGACGGGGCGCCGCUGCAACGCUCCGGUGACGCGGAGAAUAUCGAUCCCAACGCCAGCGGGCCCGUGCAGGAGAGCGAUCAUAGCAGCCAGCCGAGCGAGUAUCCGAGCACACAGAGGAUUAAACAGGAUGAGGACGACGAGGAAGAUUUUCUGAUUCAUGAAGACUAG